AUGACCUACGAAGCAUGGAACAACUGGUGGCAUCAGACGAAAAGUGGUAGUAUCAACACGUACGUAUCCAUCGUACUCUUUUUUCUGUCUACUGUAUUAGCCAAUCCCAUUGCCCGAUGUCUCUUUUGGAUCGUUCGUAAAGCUUGUCCCAAGAAAUGGAUUUGGCCUGAUGAAGCUCGAGAGAUGAUGAUGUGGCAGACGUCACUCAUGUGUCGAGUAGGGCUAUUGUGGAUCACUAUUCUUGUCUCUCGCCUAUCACUGUUAUUACACAAAUGGCCAGCUUGGAUUUUUGGGGUUUGUUUUCUCAUCUGGUUGGACUCGGGAGGAAACGUAUUACGAAAAAUUAUCGUCCGUAAAGGUGUUAUUGGGUACAAGAAGGACGAGAAAGCAGGUCGUAUGACGCUGCUAUAUGAAGGCACUACAUUGGCCAAGAUGCUACUGCUUGUGCUUGCUGUAUACACGUAUUAUAUCACUCCUUGGAUCGAAGGAUCGAGCGAGCUUAAGCUAUUAGUCUCUGUGGGGUUCUUUGUGUCCAUUGCAUUGGCUACAUUACCAUUACUACGCAAUAUCGUGGGUGCACACUACAUGUUUCUGACCAACAUGCUGCAUUUGGACUCAAAAAUUUAUUUACAUGGCUCAAGGAAGGGAAAAAUUUGUGACACUCCACUGGGUUUCAUUGUUUUGGUUACCUCCGACAACACCAAGACAUUUAUACCUGCAGGCGGCACAGCUUGCAAGACGACUGAGGUGUUUCACAAUUUUUUGUGGCCGAUUCGACUGGAUAUUCGGCUACCUGCAAAUGUUCCGGCGAAGCGUGUGCGCCAGCUCGUGCAGGAUAUGGACCAGUUGCUCUCGUGGAACCCAGUAGUUGUCAUCGCACCCGAUGGAAGUGCCACCUUAGACGGCGAAACUUCUUCGUUCAUAGAUGCGUCGACAUCACGCGAAAGCGUUAGUGCUUGCGGUUUGAUCAACCGGGCGGCUUGUGAGCGUGCUACCAAACUAUUGUUUGAUGAGAACCGACAGGAGGAAGAGAGUAUUAUACGACGUGCGCGAGGCAAUGAGGGGUUUGUGGCGUUGGAGCCGAACAAGAGAUGGGUAGUUCAAUUUCGGACGUUCGUUCAAGCAACUCAGAAAACACAUUUCCGGCAAACUCGUGCUGCGUACAUUGAAGCUAUCACAAAGCUAUUAGAGAAACAAGGCGCAGAUUUUUGUGCUUCACUAUUUGCAACGGCAUUUGUAAGAAUCUGGCGCAGCACUUCUAGGCUGUGA